AUGAAUAGUGUGGGGGAAAGGAAGGAGCUAUGGAAGGAGCUUAUUCACCAUGCCAAUGUUAGCCACCGUGAGCCAUGGGUUACUAUGGGUGACUUUAAUGCGGUUAAAUUUGCGGGGGAAAACAAGGUAGGUUCUAAUAAAUGGAAUUCGCAAUGUAAAGAGUUUAAUGACAUGUGUAAGGAAGCUGGUAUUAAUGAUCUUAAUGACAUUGGGUCAUUUUUCACUUGGAAUAACAAAGGAGAGCUCAUUAAGAGGAUUUGGUGCAAACUUGAUUGGGUGAUGUGUAAUGAGCAUUGGAGCAGCGGGUUUCCCAACUCUUUUGUUUUCUUCCUUACUCCAAGUAUAUUAGACCAUUGCCCAAUGGUGGUUGAUAGUGGGUUGAACUUUCAAGGUAAGAAAUCCUCUUUCAAGUUUUUCAAUUUUUGGGUGGAGCAUGAGGACUUUUCACCUAUGGUAGAGAGAGUGUGGAGUUUGGAGGUUGAGCUUAAAAGACUAAUCAGGAAGGAGUUUUGGAACAUUUCGAAAAGAGUGAAAUUUGCUAGAGAUGAUCUAGUCCUAGUCCAAGUCCAAGAAAGGCUUUUUGUGGAUCGGGUUGAUUGUGCUCUUUUGCAAGAGGAGAAAGUUAAGGUGGAAAAGAUGGUCAAGCUUUCAAAAGCUGAAGAAUCUUUAGCUAAGCAAAAGUCUAGGGUUAAAUGGUUACGGGAAGGGGAUGUCAAUACUUCUUACUUCUUUAAAUUGAUUGCUGGAUGGAGGAAUAGGAAUAGGACUGUGUCCUUGGAAAUUGGGGAAGAUUCAGUUACUAGUGAUCAAGAUAAAAUCAAAGAGGAGUUUGUGUAUUUCUACUCCAAUCUUUUCAAAGAUAAGUGUGCGGGCGUUUCCUAUGAGGGCAUGGAGGAACUUAUCACCCCUGUUAUUUUGAAGGAGGUCGUCAACUUCAUGAUUAGUGAGGUUUUCAAAGAAGAGAUUCAAGAGACCAUGUUUGGAAUGAGUAAAGAAAAAGCACUGGCGCCGGAUGGUUAUGGAGUUUUAUUCUUUAAAAAAGCUUGGGAUAUUGUAGGUCAUGAUGUUGUUAAAGUGAUCUAG